AUGAGUGCUAAGAAUCGGCCACGCGACGAGCUCGGCCGAUUUCUGCCGACGCCCGGCCGAUCGUCGUCGAGACGCUCGCGUAGCCGGAGCGCUGUCCGCUCGCGUGGGCGCUCGCGUCGCGAAUCCGUCAAAUCCGAGAGUCUGCACACGGCGAGAAGUCCGAGCAUCGUCGUCGCGACGCCGGAGCCGCUCGAGGUCCGUCCGCCGCACCGGCCGCAGCACGUCCAUGUCGCGCCGUGGAAUGACGCGAUCGCGUUCGCGAUCCGCCUCUCGAUCCUCGACGGAAUCGCGCAGCCGAUCCGAAUCUCGCAGCCCCUCUCGCUCGCGAUCGCGCUCGUUGAGACGCGCGGGACGCAAAACGCAAACGCGUCGCAUCGGAAGACGCGCUAA